AUGGAUGCACUGAGCGCGCUCCUGGAUGAGGUGGCUCUGGAGGGCUUGGACGGCAUCACUCUGCCCUCUCUGUGGCUCAGGCUGGAGAGCAGGAGGCCCAAGUUCCCGCAGAAGAUCGACCACUAUACCAAGGGCUUUCUGUGGAGGGCCCUGGUCCAUAACCCCGAGAUAUGCUUCUACGAGCAGCCGCAAGAGAGGCAGGACGUGGAGGUCUAUGACAGGUUCCAAAGUGUGGAUCCGGACACGGGCAUUGAGCAUUUUGGCCCCUCGUUUGACAACAGGAAAGAUGUGUACCCCGCCAGCUUCAUAACGGAUCACCCGGAUGGGAUCCAGGGUUCCUGUGGCUUCUUCUGGCAGAGGAGAGAUGUCGGCAAGCAGAUCCACUCAGCCUCCAACACCCCCCUGCUCACCCUGGAGCAGGCCUGGGAAAGGUUUGGCAGGAGGCUUGUGCUGGUGGCCUCUCAGAAGGCGCGUUUCCGGGUUCUGAUCGGCACCCAGAGCGAUCCAGACCUGAAACUGUCCGAUGAGUCCUACUGCCUGUUGGAGCGUGUGGGCCGCUCCCGCUGGAAUGGGGAGCUGCAGAGAGACCUCAGCAACAGCUCCUUCAAUAUCGAGCCGCGGAAGAUAUUCUACUUGAGAAAGGCUCUGGUGCAGCACAACCUGGUGACGGUGCAGUCCCACGUGUGUCGCCUGGACUCGGGCACCCAGCAGUAUUCAUGUCUGCUGCUGCUGCGCCGCUUCCACUCCACCAGGAGGAGCAAGUAUGACAUGAUGAUGGAGCGAGUGUCCAACAUCCUAGAGGCGUCCCCUGGGCAGCACUGCACUCAGAUGGCGCUCCGAGAGCACCUGCAUCUGAACGAGGGCCCUUUCCAGAGGAUCUUCAAGUACAUGAGGUCUGCCAAACUGGUGGAGCUCUUCACCAUGCCCCUGGAGGAGCUGGACCCCGAAUCAGGACCCUGCGUCACUAAGAGAGGCACCAAGGUGCAGGUGUCCUGCAUUAAGCUGCUGAAGCCGUACUCCAGGAAGAAGAUUCCAGAUGACAAAGAGGAGGAGGAGGAGGAGGGCGCAGACUUAACUCCAGAGGGGCGCAUUUUGGAGAGGGACCUUCUGUCCCAGGCCUAUAGCAUGGUGGUGUCGAGUGGGACCUCAGGCCUGACCUGUGUGGCCAUGGGUGUCCAGAUGCAUGUGGGCAAACUGGAGAGGAGGAUGCUGUGCAGACAGCUGGAGAGGGAGGGGGUCGUUAAGGGAUUCAUGGAAGAUGUCGGUCGGCAGAGGACCACCAAGUUCCUAAGUCACAAGUGUGUGGAGGUCAACGAUAGCCUGCAGCAGUUUGUCAAAGAGCACGAACGCAACCAGCUCCUGUGUUCCAGCGACUCUCCCAUGGCCCCCUCAACCAAGACCCUGUCCAACAUCGACAUGUGCAGGAAAUCUGCCCUCUGGAACACGCAACAAAACCUGCCUGCACAGAAGAGAACGUGUAAAGCCAAGAAGGGAAGCAAGAAAAGCAUUGCCAUGCAGAAGGGGCCAGCAGAGUCCACGACGGCAGAGAAGGGGGACCUUCCACUUCCACUCCCACCUCCGUCUCCCUCUCCGCCUGAAGCAGCCGCAGACACAGGCCACCUGAACAUAGUUACAGACGUGCAGCCGCCAGUGCCAGAGCCCAACUCCCAGCGCCACAAGACCUGCCGCCUUCUGAGGAGAAAGAACCUGAUAGUGGAGGCCAUCCAGGACCUGAAGAUCUUUGACGGACUUUACCCGUUUCAGAAAAUCAUCACUGCUGAGGAGAAGAACCUGGGAUUCAGCACCAAGUGUUGUAGGAAGACCGUUCUGCGCCUGGUCCAAGCUCUGGCCAGAGAAGGCCUGAUUAAACUCUAUACCACCACGGUCAUUCAGGAUGGGGUCACCAAGAAGGUGGAUCUGUACGCCCACCCCUCCAUCCAGCCUUCAGAUGAGAUUGUCCAGAGAACCAUAGACCAGGUCCGCUUCAAGAUGUCUGGCUGUCACUCCAAUGUGCGGCCUCCAGAGGAUGGCAAGUGCGGGGAGCCUUCAAAAGGUCCUGAGGGCGCGGCCAGCACCCCGUUAAAAGACUCAAAGAGCCACAAGAAGAAGCCCGGGCCCAAACACACGGCAGAGAAGUUCAACCCCACCACAGUCCGGGGCCUCAGCAGGACUUUCGGGUACCAGCCCAAGAUGCACCGGAUGCGUGUGGUCCAUAACUUCCUGUGGUACCUCAUAUACGGACACCCGCUCAGACACAACCCUGAAACACAAACUUUUGAGAAGUCCGUGCUUGCUCCACCCUCCACUGCAGCCCAGGAGGAGGGAGCACAAAAGAAGAGCCAAGGUGUAGGGAAAGGGCCCAAGGGAGACGAGAAAGAGCAUAAGGCUGCAGGAGAGGAGCCCCCAAGAGCGGAAGAGCCCCAGGGAACAGAAGAGCCGGAGCAGAGUCGCAGCACCACAGAGCGGAUGUUACUAUCGGAGGAUGAAGAGGGAACCCCACCGGCCGAUUUCAAAGUGUACUCUGAGGAGGAGCCGUGGAAGAAGUACGUCCCUCCUGUGAAGCUGCAUAAGGACUACAGCAGUGGCUGGGUCAUGCUGGGAGACCUCAUCCUCUGCCUGCCCCUGUCCAUCUACAUCCAGGUCAUCCAGGUCAACUACAAGGUGGAGGGUCUGGAGGAGUACCUGAACGACCCAGAGAAACAGCAUUACCUGGUGCGGUGUCUGCCGGCCCGGAUGAAGAGACAGCUACUCUACAAACGGAGGUACAUCUUCUCCUUCCAUGAUAACCUGAAGAAACUGGCCUACAUGGGUCUUAUACAGUUUGGGCCUCUGGAGAAGUUCAGGGACAAGGACCAGACUUUCAUCUACUUGAAGCGCCAUGCCACCAUUGUGGAUACCACCAGUGCUGAGCCUCACUACUGGCUGGUGACAGAGAACCCAGAGCGGCCCUUUGACCGAAGGAGUUACACAUUCAACACCUCUGACGACAUGGAGAACUUCUGGUUUGACCUGAUGUGUGUCUGCCUCAACACUCCCCUGGGUGUGAUCCGUUCAAAGAAGGGCGGAGACGAGACAGAGCCCUCGUUUGUGAGAGACCCAUCUGUGUUUGUGGGAUUGUCUUACCUCAUAAAAGGCAGCUUGGAGGUAGUGGACGAUGGUGUCAUUCCCGGGGAUGGGAAAGGAGCAGGGGGCUUGUGCUCAGAGUUCUUUGCUCAUCUCAAGAGAAACUGGCUUUGGACCAACCACCUGUUGGUAGACAAGCAAAGGCGUACUGGUUUGGAGGCUGAUGAUACCAAAGUGCGACUGAAUAGCCUGUGCAGAAGCUCUCUGCAGCUGGUCCUCCAAGCAGAACGGACUGCCUUGCCGAGUUAUCUGACCUCUAAGAAGAUGUUAGUAGAAGUCCAGGUGGUGGAGGAGCCCUCUAGCAGGAACAAGCAGGUGGUGGGGGGGAAGCAGAAGAAGAGAAAGAGGGUCAAGAAGGAAGUGGUGAAGCCCCCUCGCAAAAAGAAAGAGCGCGCCAAGCGCAGUGUGGCCCAUGAUGCGCGCGACCAUGAGGCGUUGAAGCAGAUGACCCGACAGAGGGUCUACUGGUCACUCCAGGAAGACUCCCUCAUGAUGCUGUGUGCGGCUGCAACCCACCUGCUCAACACCAGGCUGAAGAGGCCCUUUGUCCCGUACUGUGUGGUCAGAGACGUCCUGCACUCAGAGUUUGACAAGUCUCGAGAUAAGACGUCAGUGGCAGUGGGCCGCCGCACACGGCACAUCCUCAAGAACCCCCAGACCCUGCUCAACUACAGGAUCUGUCUGGCAGAGGUGGGCCAGGAUAAGUCCCUCCUCAAACUUUUAGAAGAAAACCUUCCCAAGAAUCCAGAUAACCCUGCGGCAUGCGCGGAGGCUUUCUCAGAGUACGUGAGGCUGCUUCGGCAAAAGUUCAGUUCCACCGAAGACCCAAGAGACUUGCAAAUUCCUGACAGCAAGGAGCAGCUCUUCGCCUGGUUUAAAAUCAGUGCAAUCGAAGGAGUGGGACGCCUGAGCGACACAGACACACUCAACUGCACUGAGGAUAUCCAUGCUAUUGUGCUCCACAACCUGAUCCAGAGCACCCUGGCCAUGACCAACUCCCAGAUGAAGAGCUCCCGCUCCUUCCAGACCUUCCAUGUGUACAGCUGCUACAGCCAGGAGUUGCUCUGCCAAGUAUUUGUCCAAUGUAGGAAGAGAGGCCUGGUGAACCGCCGCAGGAUCAACUGUGGCAUCGGACCAAAGAAGAACCGCGCCCUGCCCAUCUUGCCCAUGUCUUACCAGCUGUCCCUCUCCUACUACAGGUGUUUUUCCUGGCGCUUUCCUCAAGUCCUUUGCACGGACUCUUUCCGCUUUGUCCGGGACCUCCUGAGCCUGCCCCGAGGGGAUCACCACCCAGUCACAUACUUCCAUCAGGAGACGGAGAACCGGGCCCCAGAUGGAGAACUUCUGGAGCGCAAACCGAGCAUCGAGGACCAGAGUGGUACAUCUGAAGCAGAAGGCAUCUUGUCUGAACCUGAUGUGAGCGACAUGAUGCACUUCUCCCUGGAGCUCCCAGGGGGCGCCUGUGCUGCUGCCCUCAGCCUCCUCUCCCUGGGGCUCCUGUCCGUCCACCUGUCCAUCCCCAAGCAGAUGGUGGUAGUGGACAGCACCCUGGUGGACUCAGACACCGUCAAAAGCACUCUGGAAGAUGAGGAGGAAGAGGACGACGAGGCAGAGGAGACCAAGAAGAGUGAGGUUAAAGUUCAAAAGGCCUCGCACACGAAGUACCUGAUGAUGAAGGGCUACUGCGCCCCGGGAAUAGUGAAGCUGCGUAACCUCAACACCAACGACAACAUUGUAGUGGAGUCCUGCGUGAUCAAAGUGCAGCUGCGGGAGCGGCCCGCCCACGCCCUCUUUAGCAUGGACUCGGAGCCUGCUCUGGACCUGAGUGUGUGCGGGCCAUCCCUCCUGCCCUCUGGCCUGUCCCUGUGCCUCCCCACCCCUCCUGUGAGCUUAGAGGAGUGCUUGUCCCGCCUCCAGGAGCAAGGCUACAGUGCAGAGGACCUGCAGGCGUGCACUGUGCUGUGGCACGCUCUGGAGCGGGCUGGGGAGAGGGGCCUGAGCCUGGGAGAGUUUCCUCAGAGACUGGAAGAGCUGAAGUUGGCUCGUCCCCCUCGCACCAGGACCCUGCACCAGUACACACAGGAUUUGCAGCAGCAGGGCGAGGUGGUGUUGGUAGGUGCACAGGGCGCUCGCUGGGUUCUCCGCAGACAUGCUCAGCCCUGGCUCAUCACACUCCACACUGCCCAGUGGACCAAGGCCAUGGUCGAGGAGAACAGCCUCAGCACGCGCAAGUACCUCCCCCCAAACACAAGGAAGAGACGUAGGGGCGCACAGGAAGAGAGCAGCACGAAACGCAUGGCCUUGGACACGUGUGAGCAGAGAGAAGGAAACGCAGCAGACGACACGAGCCAUGAAGCCAUGGGUAACAUGGGAGUAGAGGACAGAAGUCUACAAGCAGAAGAGAAGCAGCGACCCACAAGCCCACAGCCAGUGAGCAGUGACCACAAAGGAGCAGAGGAAGGGGCAGCUCGAGCAGAAGAGGACAGAGGUGUACCACAUGAAGAGGAGCAGAGGCAGAAGACUGAUUCUCCAAUAGCGUGUCCAGGGGAAAGCGUGAGCUUCGUGGUCAGGCCCUGGAGGAUGGUGGACGGCAAACUGAACCGCGUAGUGUGCAAGGGCAUGCUGGAGGCACUGCUACACCACAUCAUGUCUGUGCCGGGGACCACAGAGGAGAAACUGCUGCAGCAUUACAGAGCUGUGCUGCAGCCCCUGGUCACGCUGGAGCUACUGCAGGCACUGAUAGAGUUGGGCUGCGUGACGAGAAAGACUGUGGCGAGACGUGCCAAAGCCUCUCUGUUCUCUGACUCCUCCCCCUCUGCCCUGAGCUCCACCCCCUCGCCCCUUGGCAUGUGCGUGUACUAUGAGCCUACUGUCAGCUGCGUGCUCCGCCUCAGCCAGGUCCUGCCCCAUGAACGCCACUGGAACUCUGGCGUGCCCUGA